AUGUCGUUAGAAAAAGACUGGCCUUCAAAAUUGCUAGAAUUUUAUUACAACUACAACAACAGGGUACACAAAAGUACAAAGCCUUCUACACCAUAUCAACUUUACUUUAAAAGACCUAACUUUGCACCACCUAUUGAUGAACAGGUUCCAUUUGUUCUCCUAACUGAAGAUGAAAGAAAGUUCCUAGCACAGGCACACUUACAUGUAGAGAAUGAAGAAGAAGAGAUUAGUGAAAUAGUACCUGAAAGUAACAUAAAUGAAGAUGAAAAUGGAAAUUUGGAGAUGUUGAAAAACAUAAAUGACAGAGAUAUGCAAACAUAUCGAACCCAUGGAAGGAUGGAAGGUGCAAGUCCGUAUUACAAGGAACUUUACAAAAGGCGCUUUGGAAAUGAUAGCAACGAUAAAGAAAAUGCUAUUCCUGAUGCUGAUACCGCCUUACACUUAGCUGUUGAAAAUGGAUAUCUAGACAUAGUCAAAUUGUUAUUAGAAAGAACAGAUAUAAAUCCAAACAAAGUAAAUAAGCAUGGAUAUACUCUCUUACACUUAGCUGUUAACAAUGGAUUUCUAGCCAUAGUCAAAUUGUUAUUAGAAAGAACAGAUAUAGAUCCAAACAAAGUAAAUAAGUGUGAUGAUACUCCCUUACAAUUAGCUGUUGAAGGUGAAUAUCUAGACAUAGUCAAAUUGUUAUUAAAAAGAACAGAUAUAGAUCCAAACACAGUAAAUGAGGAUGGGGACACUGUUUUACACAUACAUGUAGCUGCUAGAAGACGACAACUUGAAAUUGUCCAAUUGCUAUUAAAAAUUUCACGUAUAGACCCAAAUCAAAAGAAUAAGAAAGGCGACUCUCCCUUACACUCAGCUGUUACACGGGGAUAUUUUGACACAGUCAAACUGUUAUUAGAAAGAACAGAUAUAGAUGUAUACUGUGUAAAUGAGGAUGAUGAUACUCUCAUACACUUAGCUGUUAAAGGUGGAUAUCUUGACAUAGUCAAAUUGUUAUUAGAACAAACAGCUAUAGACCCAAACAAAGUAAAUAAGUUCGGGAACAAUACCUUACACUCAGCUGUUGAAUAUGGACGUGUAAGCAUAGUCAAAUUGUUGUUAGAUAGAACAGAUAUAGAUCCAAACAAAGUAAAUGAGUUCGGGAACAAUACCUUACACUCAGCUGUUGAAUAUGGACGUGUAAACAUAGUCAAAUUGUUGUUAGAUAGAACAGAUACAGAUCCAAACAAAGUAAAUGAGGAUGGGAACACUCCAUUUGACUUGGCUGUAAAAACAGAACUAUUCGAAAUAGCCAAAUUAUUAAUAGCAAGAACAACUAUAGAUCCAUCAAGAACAUAUAAGGAUGGGGACAGUGUUUUACACAUAGCUGCUAGAAGAGGACAACUUGAAAUUGUCCAAUUGCUAUUAAAAAUCUCACGUAUAGACCCAAAUCAACAGAAUAAGAGAGGCGACUCUCCCUUACACUCAGCUGUUAAACGGGGAUAUGUUGACACAGUCAAACUUUUAUUAGAAAGAACAGAUAUAGAUGUAAACUGUGUAAAUAAGGAUGAUGGUACUCUCUUACACUUAUCUGUUCAAUGUGGAUAUCUCGACAUAGUCAAAUUGCUAUUAGAACAAACAGCUAUAGAUCCAAACAAAGUAAAUAAGGACGGUGACACUCUUUUACAUUUAGCUGUUCAAAGAGGAAAUACAGAAUUAUUCAAACUGUUAUUAGAAAGAACAACCAUAGAUCCAGCGGAAAAAAAUAAGGACGGUGACACUCUUUUACAUUUAGCUGUUCAAAGACAAAAUAUAGAAUUAGUCAAAUUGUUAUUAGAAAGAACAACCAUAGAUCCAGCGGAAAAAAAUAAGUACGGAAACACUCUUUUACAUUUAGCUGCUCAAAGAAAAAAUACAGAAUUAUUCAAAUUGUUAUUAGAAAGAACAACCAUAGAUCCAGCGGAAAAAAAUAAGGACGGUGACACUCUUUUACAUUUAGCUGUUCAAAGAGGAAAUACAGAAUUAUUCAAACUGUUAUUAGAAAGAACAACCAUAGAUCCAGCGGAAAAAAAUAAGGACGGUGACACUCUUUUACAUUUAGCUGUUCAAAGAGGAAAUACAGAAUUAUUCAAACUGUUAUUAGAAAGAACAACCAUAGAUCCAGCGGAAAAAAAUAAGGACGGUGACACUCUUUUACAUUUAGCUGUUCAAAGAGGAAAUACAGAAUUAUUCAAACUGUUAUUAGAAAGAACAACCAUAGAUCCAGCGGAAAAAAAUAAGGCCAACAAAACACCGAUUGAGAUUGUCAAUAGACGUUACUGGCAUUCGGAAAAGGAAAAAGAAGAAUUACGAGAACUUCUGAAGUCUUCUAUGGCCAAAGACAAAAGUGACCACAAAGACACUGCUACAGUUAUGCAACAAGAAGAAACACUACAAGAGACGUCAGAAAAUGAUGGAGUAAACCCUGAUAACGCAUUUCCCUUUGCUGGCACCUCUGAAGAAUUUCUCAAACUGCUAUCCACUGGCACAUAUGAGUCGUUUGAAAAUAGAGUAUUCCUUUGUGGAAGUUGUGCAUGUGGAAAGUCCACCCUAGCAAGUGUUCUUAUUGGUAGCCCAAUACCGCGUACAUGGCAAUCAACAGAUGGAUUAGUCAUACACUUUGGGCGUAACGGUAUCAACUUGGAAACGUUUGAGAUGGUUCCCUUACAAGGAGAAGACAGAGGUCAAAAUGUACUGACGAAAGUUAUAAUCGGAAAGCCAACUCGUGAAACUAGCACAUGUCAAAGUUCUGAUACCCACCUGGACCAGCACAUUGCGCCAUCACCAAUUGGAACUGAUAAUCUGGAAUUAAAUUUAGUGGCUAUAAGGAACGAAGCCAGCUACAGUUCCAAAGUUUCUCAACUAUCCGAUGCUUGUUUAACAAAAUCUAAAGAUUUACCGAGUACAAAAACCGUCAAAUCUAAAACAAAAAACACGCCUUCAAUUAGUCUGCCAAAAACAAAGAAAAUUGAAGCAUACGCUGUACAUGAAGACAUUUUGAAAGAAGUUAAGAGUGGUCAAUACAAAAUCAAGAUUGCCCCUUCAGAUCUGGUUGACUUUGGUGGUCAACGAUCGUAUGAUAUGACGCAUCAGUUAUUUGUUCAGCACGGUGGGACAUUUGUCAUUAUGUUUGACGGUAGUAGAGAUUUUCAUGAACCACUGAAGGAAUAUCCUACGGGAGAAAUUUCUAAUGAAUCUAUUGUGAGGCAUUGGGUCAAUUCAAUACUCACCUACUGUGUUGAUGAUAGUGAUGUUAUGCCUAUGAUCUUGUUCGUUGCAACCCAUAGCGACCUGCUUCCGGAGGAUUUACAGGAGAAAAUGAAAAUAGAGUUUGUAAAGAAAGUCACAGACAUGUUUGGUACCCAUGAAAGGAAGAAACACUUUGUCUUCGAUCCAGUUUUCUUCAUCAACGGUACAGACAAAAACGACCAGGAAAUUCAGAAUUUGAAAAACCAACUUGUCAGUAUUGCCCAGAACCAGCCAUCUUGGGGACUACCACGGCCUAUGAUUUGGGUUCCUCUCGAGCUUUUGAUUUCUAAUAUGAAAAAAGAUAAUGUCAAUAUUAUAUUUAAAUCACAUUUAGCUGAGGCAAACAAAAUGAAUGGAGAUCUAGCGCUGUCUGACAAACAACUUGACGAUUUUCUCUUAACACAACACGCUUUGGGAAAAAUCAUGUAUUUUAAUCAACCAGAACUUAACAAUUUCAUCAUUCUUUAUCCUCCUGCAUUGGUCAACAUCCUGCGGUCAUUUGUCACGGAUGAAAUAUUUUGGCCCGAGGAUAAAACUCUUAGAAAAAUCCUUAGAAACAUGACUGAUACUGGAAAGAUAUACAAAGAAGAUCUCCUGAAACUGUGGCAGCAAAAAAGUUUCCAUACUCACAUACCAGAUGAUGACUUCAAAGAGUUCGUAAUUCAAGUUCUCAUACAUCUCGAUGUGUUGGUUCUCCCAAAACGAUACUCAGGCAAGAGUAAUGUACACUUGGAUUAUUACUUGGUUCCAUGCACAGUCAAUGAGAAGAUGCCAAUGUCAUUUCUGGAUGACAAAUCGUUUUCAAACAGGACAAUAUCUUUGGUCUAUCGAUUACAUCAAUCGUCCAUACCCUCAGCAUUGUCCUUUAAACUUAUUGGUGCGAUAAGUGGUAUCUGGCCCAUCAAGGAAUUGAACGACUGUCCAUUAUUGUACCACUGCUCAGCCGUCUUAUGUGUUGAUGGACAAACCGAAUUACGAAUAAUAGUAGAGGAAAAGAGAAUCAUCAUCUACCUAACACACGAAUUAUCUAAGCAUUUCAUCUCUCCAAAUAUUGCUGCGAGUAUCCAAGAAUGUUUGACAUUGACUUUAGAGGCUGUUUUAACAUUCUAUCUUAGCAGUAUUGGAAAGAGCUACCGAAAAAUGAAUGCAUCAAACCUCUUUCAGAUUGAAAUUGGAGAUAUUUGUGAUCGCUAUCCAUGUGUAGUGUCCAUUUCAAAGGCAGUUAACGCUUCAAACUGGGUCUGUGACAAAGGAAUUAAUCAUGAUACCAAAUGUUCUCGGCUAUGGUUUUUCGACAAGGCACAGAGAGAAUGUCAAUCAAAUUGUACAGGUCUCGAUAAAACUGUUUUGACAAAGACACCAACAGACAAACACCUUGCCAGACUUGCCAAGCAGCUAAGUAUCAACAAAUGUAAAGAAUUAGUGUUAUAUCUCGGUAUAGAAGAGACAGAGUGGGAAGAAAUUGAAUAUGUCUACCAAAAGCAGCCUCUGAUUAUGAAAUUCAUGGCAUUGAAGGAACAGCCUUCCAAAUCAUAUCAUGAUUUGCUUAAAGCACAAGAAGACAUUAAAGAUGGAAGGCAUUUACUUUGCAAGGUGUUCAGAGAAGACACAGGUUUAGUUGAUAUUGCAGAUGUUCGACUACAAGAAAUUCCACAUGAUGAUGUUUUAAAUGGUUUGUCCAAGCACCUGGGUAAUUGCGCAAUACUUUUGGGGAUCGAACUAGGAAUAACUAUCACUUCUAUAGAGGAGACAAUGACACGGCAUCCUAGGGAUAUGUACCUUCAGAUAGAAGACAUCCUAAGAAAAUGGAAAUUCUCAAGAAAAGUAAAACCUACAAUAUACAGAUUGAUGCUUGCUGUGGAACGUGUAUACAGUGGAGGGUUGAGUUAUUUAACGGCUAUAUAUUUGGGACAAUAAUAUGAUUGUGUUCAAUCUUUGAAAAAUGGUGAACAGUAUUCAUUAAAUCCUGUUUCUUCAACUUGACAUGAUACCAUUAGUGUCGACAAAAGUUACUAGAAAAUAGAAACUAUAA